CCGGCACCUAGAUGCCAGAGCCAGGCGCGGCACCCAGGUGCAGAAAAAAUCUGCAGUGGGGAGCUGCUUAUUGCCGCACGGCGCCAAGCUUUUCAAUUCACCUCCCGGAUAUUCCUUGGUGCAGCGCAGCACCAAGAUUUGCGGCCGGGGCUUUCUGGGUCCCGCGCGGCACCAGGAUUUUGAACCGGAAAUCUUGUGGUGCCGCGUGGCACCAAGAUUUCCGCUUCGCCCGGAAAUUUCUUGGUGCUGCGCGGCUCCAAGAUUUGCGGCCGCAUGCAUCCGGGAAUUUCACGUGGUUGUCGUGGCGACCGGCCACCUGAAUCGGGCAGGCGGCUGCCUGAGUUUCAGGUGAUUGCCGGGGGCACGCGUUUUCCGAAAAGAGGCCCUGUUGCUGCUGCAUCCGCAAAAGACUGUUGUUGGGGAGGACAAAAACAUUUUUUCAGCACCUCAUAGAGGAGGAAAAGCCUCUUCUCGGGGUGGAACGAUGUGUGAAAUCAACAUAAGAUGAUGGAUGAGAAAUGGUUUUCGAAGUUUGCGUCCCAAUGAAAAAGAGUCAGGAAGUAGGCUUCAGCAU